CAAUGCAACCCUAAUUUAUAAGAUUCGAGGAAGAAGACGAAGAAAGAAGGGUUUCGUGUUCUUCACAAAGUAAAGCUAUUUGAAAGAUGGCGGAGCACUUAGCGUCUAUAUUCGGAACGGAGAAGGAUCGAGUGAAUUGUCCUUUCUACUUUAAAAUCGGCGCUUGCCGUCACGGUGAUCGAUGCUCGCGCCUCCACACCAAGCCUAGCAUCAGCCCUACUCUUCUCCUUUCGAACAUGUAUCAACGCCCCGAUAUGAUCACUCCUGGUGUUGAUGUCUAUGGUAACCCUAUCGAACCGCGUAAGAUGCAGCAACACUUCGAGGAAUUUUAUGAGGAUCUGUUUGAGGAGCUGAACAAAUAUGGUGAGAUUGAGAGUCUGAACAUCUGUGACAAUAUCUCUGACCACUUGGUUGGUAAUGUGUAUGUGCAGUUUCGAGAAGAGGAGCAAGCAGGAAAAGCGCUUCGUAAUCUUCAAGGAAGAUUCUAUGCAGGUCGUCCGAUCAUUGUUGACUUCUCCCCUGUCACCGACUUCCGUGAAGCUACUUGUCGACAGUACGAGGAAGAGACUUGCAAACGUGGUGGAUACUGCAAUUUUAUGCACCUGAAAAGCAUUAGCAGUGGAUUGAGGAGGCAGUUAUAUGGAAGAUACAAAAACAGGCAUAGCCAUAGCAGAAGUAGGAGCCCUUACAGGCAUCGUAGUCAUGAAGAUCGCUCUCAUGAAAGGCAUAGCCGCAGUAGAAGGCAUGAGGCUGAUGAUGAUAGUGAAAGCCGUAGCAGGAGCAGAAGAUACAGGAGCAAGAGUCCUCGCCACAGAAGAGGACGGAGGAGUAGGAGCAGAAGUAGAAGUCCUGGUGGAAGGAGACAGAGGAGUCCUGUUAGGGAAGGGAGUGAGGAAAGACGUGCCAGGAUUGAGCAAUGGAACAGGGAGAAAGGAGAGCAAGAAUGUGCAAAUAACAGGGCAAAUGACAAUUGCAGCGAUGGGUACAUGAAGAAGGAAGAUUAUCAUCAGGAGCCGUCCUUUCAACAAGAAGGCUAUUGAUACCACCAAUUAUAUCUGGUUUGUGCAGGGUCAGAAACUGUGAUUAAAAUUGUAUAGUUUGCUUAGUUUCAAUUGAUGAUUGGUUUAGUGCUGACAACUUUUUCUGUGCAAGUCAUGCAUGUUGGUAGUCAUAGUAGUCCUUGCAUAUGCUUCUUUGCUUGCCCUGCAAUGAUGUGAACCACCCUAAAUUUAUGUUUUGCUCUUGCGAAACCAUUGUCAGUUUUCCUGAUUGUUUUCAUCAAAUCAACUAUCUUAGUGCUGCAAGUUUCUGAUAGGCUCAUUUCUCUAUUUACAAAGAAAGAAGUUUUCUGAGCUAGUCCGUUUUUCCCCUUUGUUUUUGUGGGUUCGUCAUACUUCACUAAUAAUCAUUGUGUCCAUGCUUAGUUUGGGUAUAACCUUGUUUGUUACUCAUAGUGUUGUAUCAUUGUGUGUGUGUUUGCGUUGUUUGGGUGCAUAUAUGUAGUGCAUAUAGAAUUUUGUUUGUUACAGUCAGGGCAAUAUGACAAGUGCAAGUUGGGAAUUAAGCGAAUACAACCAUAUCUCUCUGUACUGGUUCUGGUCAUCUUAUCUCCAACUCUUAUUUUUUGUCCCAUUUCUCUGGCUUUGCUUUUGUGUGCUUACGAUUUGUGAAGAUUUUUGCAGGUUCAGGUUUGGCCUUGUAGGAAUGAUAGGUGCGAAAAGGUUUGUUAACAAUCUGCGGAAUUUGUUUUACAGGUUCUAAUGGUGGCUUGAAGAUUUGUGUUUGAAAAGAUUUGCAGAUUCUAGGACUCUUGGAUUCAUGGUGGCUUGAAGAUUUGUGUUUGAAAAGAUUUGCAGAUUCUAGGACUCUUGGAUUCAUGGUGGCUUGAAGAUUUAUUUUCCGUUUGUGUUUUUAAUUUUCAGACUUAGUUCUUCUUGGCUCUGUAUGGAUAUUAUUCUAUACUUUUGGAUUUGGAAGUUUAGUGUGAUUUGUCUAAGUGGAUCUUACGGUUUGGUUAAGAUGUUUUCAACUCGA